CACCAGCGGACCAUGAGGUGCUCCUGAACCUGAACCUCAGGACACUGAAAUUUGGCAGAAUGUGCUGGCCGCUUUGGUUUCGAUGAACUGUCAACCUGAUCUACAGCAGAAUAAUAUCCGGUUCCAAAUGGAGACGAAUCAGUAGUGGUUUCAAUUAGUGGUCCAGCUCGUAGUUAAAGGUAAUCGGAUCCUCUGUUCCUGUCCUGUUAGUUAUCCGUCUUUGCUAUUAGCUGGUAUCUGAAGAUCGAUUGGACGGCAACGUUUUUGACCCGGCCAGAUUGUUCAACUAUCUGUUUCUCAGUGGCUUUUAAUCAUCCUCGCUCGAGUCUGAACUGUUCUUCCUCUGCCGUCCGAACAGCUCGAUGACAACAUAACAUACGGCCACCUUGUCAAAUCCAAGCACAAGCAGACACGGCGCAGGAUCCAAACCACAGUUUUUCUCCGGUUUACCUACCGUGUCCUUGGCCGUGUCUCCCAGCUGACCUUGUUUUUACAUAAACCCUCACCUUGGAUCCGCCACCAGAUCACAACAGAACAGUCUCAGACACCGCGGGAUCGAUAUAUGCCAUCUCGCGGCGGCAACACGCAGGUGCAGCGGCAGCCGGCUGUGGUGGUGGUAGCGGUCGCGGAGCCGGCGCGGAGGAGGGUGAGGCGGCGGCGCACCACGAUGCCAGUGAAGAGCAGCGCCAGCUUCCGGAUGACCGCGCUGCCGAUGGUGGUGGCCGCGCAGCUGCUGGCGGCAGCCGUGCUCGCGCUCGCGCUCGUCUGGGCGCUGCACUUCCGGGGCGGCGUCUCGUGGGGGCGGACGUCUAACCCUCUCCUCGUCUACACGGCACACCCUCUGUUCAUGGUGAUUGGCUUCGUCAUCUGCACCGGAGAAGCGGUCAUGGCGUACAGGAUCGUGCUCGGGCCGAGGCCUGCCAAGAAGGCGGUGCACCUGCUCUUGCAUCUCGUAGCAAUGGCCUUUGCUGCUGUCGGCCUCUACGCCGCGUUCAAGUACCACCAUGACGCCGUCCUCCCUGAUCUCCGCUCCCUGCAUUCUUGGCUCGGGAUUGCCACCAUAGCGCUCUAUGCUCUUCAGUGGCUGGUGGCAUUCGUGUACUUUGUAUUCCCCGGGGCUGUGAUGACAAUGAGGGCAGACUACGUACCAUGGCACAUCUUCUUUGGCAUUGUCAUCUUCCUCAUGGCCAUUCUCACGGCUGAGACCGGCUUGGCAAAGUUCAUCUUCCCCUUGAUUGACUACCCGAGCGAAGUGUUCGUCAUCAACUUCACCGGGCUUGCCAUCCUCAUAUUUGGUGUGGUUGUUGUCUUAGCUGUCAUCCUUCCAUCAAGAUACUAGCAGGUAGUUUUGCAGACAAGGGGCUGCAGUAGUAGCAACUCUAGAAAGAACAAGAAUUUUGGUUGUGUGUGAUGCAUGGUAUUUGAAUAAUAUUUUGAAGACAACAAGAUAUUGCUAUUGGUGACAUGAAGGUGAUGACCUUAAGAAUGA